GGACGUCCCUGGUAGAUGUCAAUUAUCCAAAUCGUUCAUUGUCGUACAUAACAGUCAACGGCUUUUAAUCACGUGGAUUUUCAAGGGAAGGAUUUCUGAAAGAGGAUUAUGUCGAAAUUCGACAAACAACUGGGUGUGAAUGAAGUGUUGGCUGGAAAAGAAUUGCUUAGCAGGCCUGCUGAGGAAUUCGGGAAUGACCCAACUGUGGAACUUUUAUGGGCGAAAAAAGCCUUUGAACAUGCAGAGAUCUAUUUUAAUCUGUUGUGUUCAGUGGAUCCAAAAGCACUUCGUUUGACUCCACAUGAUGACCUUAUUUAUACAACCUUCCGAGAAUCUUUCCCGGAUAUGGAUGUAAAGCUGAUAAUUGAAGAUGAAAUCAAAAGCGUCGAGGGUAAAUUGAAAUGGCGAGAUUUCUGUGAAAAAUUCAAAGGCGUAGUCGAGGAUUAUAGCUUUGGCACUUUGGUCAGAGGCGAUGUGAAUGAGGAUUAUUCAGAAAAAAAUUCCAUUUUGGUCACGAGGAUUCAAUUCUAUGCCAUAGAAAUAACCAGGAACCGGGAAGGCUUGAAUGACGGGAUAAGAAAUAAAUUCAAAACGCCAUUAAAAUAGGACAUACAUUUUUGAUACAGCCGCAUGCAUUUUUACCUGUAAAUUUUAUUAACAAACAUGAUGUUAUCAUUGUGAACAGCUUACUUUUUAAUAAAUUGUACUUAAUAAGUU